AUGGAUCAAGGGCCACGUGCGGUGUUCUUGGCUCAAGUAGUCCGGCCUGAGGAACGUACCAAGGUCAUGGGCGUGGUGAAUACGGUCAAGACUAUUGCCCAGGGCGGUGGUCCCAUUAUCGCGGGCUCCCUGGCGCAGAAGGGACACUUUGGAGCCGUGUUUGUCCUGGGCGGGAUGCUGAAAGCAUCUUAUGACCUCGCCUUACUGGGAUUGUGGUUGGUCCGGCGUCGACAGGAGGAGCGGCGCCAGGAAGAACUCCAAGAGGUUGCAGAUGAUAUUCUUCUGGAGAAUGUAGAUGUCACGAUGUUGAUUCGGGAGAUAGUGAUGGUCAUGAGUAUGGGGACGAUGACCAUGUGGGCGAAUCAGGUGCUUGGCCUUCACCUCCGAGGAAGUGAAUCUAGUCAAUCUGUCGUUCUUGAUCCCUCCAUCGUAUAUAUAUCCUGGUAACCAGGGACAAGUGUGAAAUCCGCAUUGUCGGACUCAUGUCGCUGGAAAAGCUACUCUUCAAAGCUGGGGUCUGCAGGAAAGAGUGGUAUAGUCACGCCUCCAAGUGGGGUGGUCCGCUGGGAGAGAUACUGAAGACACAGGCCUGUACACGGCUGUUUGGCCUUGAGCCAAGCGGGGGCAAUGAGUGCACUCACUUGCUGGAAAAUCGACGGACG